AUGUACGGAGUGUUUAACAAACUAGUCAGUGCUGCGUAUACCGCAGUUGAAAAAAUAGCAGACUUUAUAGCAGCAGACGUACCAGAAGAUAAGGAAGAAUUGUAUUUUGAUGCAUUUUCACUUACACCUGGAGAGUAUCGGGGAAUAUACAAAAACAUUCAUGAUAUAAUAGAGGAAGGUGAUGAGCUAGAAGAAGAGCAGAUUGACAAGAUAUCUUCACUACUAAACACUGUUGUAAAGGAGGAGGACCUACCUGAGUACAUGGAUAAUAUGCGGUUUAUUAAGGAACUGGCACAGGGGAAGGUGGUUAGCCAGGAGAUGGAGACUGAGUUCAUACAGUAUAUUGCAGGAAAGAACAAGAGAAAGUAUGAAGAGUCUGACAUUGAUGUAAAUACAAAUGCAGAAGGCGACUCAGUGAGCUCUGUUAAGUAUGUCAAGCCAAGUGAGAUCAGUAUAGAGCAUGCAGGCAUUGCGAUAGACACGGGUUUAGAGCCUAUAAACAUUACUGGGUUUACAGCACCAGACUAUGACGAGAGUGUUGACUGGGAGGCAGAAAGAAAAAAAGAAUUAAGAAGGGUAGAUGAUGUACUGGCGCUUGGUCUGAAUCCGUUUAACAAAUUUAGGGAUGAUGAUGGGGUUGUGAAGUAUCCUAGCAUAGACAGCGAUGCAGAGAUAAUACAGUAUGACAAAGAAAGGAAUGUUCUUCGGUACAGUCUUCGUGAUGACCCAAGAAAAGACAAGUACUUGCCGUACUACUGCAUACACCCAGCAGAGAACAGGAUUGUUAAGUCAGUAGGAAUUCCCCCUGGUGCGGUGCCCAGUCUGAUGAAGCUGCAGAUGAAAGAGAAGGGAUUCAUUAAAGAGGGCGGUCGGCUAGAGAGAGACCAGUACCACGCAGACAAAACAGACAGGUGGUCAAGAAUCAUUAGAGAGCAGAAAGAGAGAGAGAAAAGAGAGCAGCAGAGAAGACUAGAUGAAGCAAGAAAGCGGUUUAAUGAGGAGUACGCAGAGAGAGAAAGACUGCGACUUCUUCAGGAAGAAGAGCUCAGGAAAGUAGAGCAGAGCAAGCAGAAGGAUCCAAUUAGGGAGAAGAUGGCUAAAAUCAGCGAGGAUAUUGACAGAGAAAGAGCCGGUAAAGACUAUCAGAUGAUACACUCAAAAAGAAAGUCUCCAGAAGCACAGAAGGCACUUAAUGAUCUUAUAUACGAUGCGAUUAGAGACACAUCCAAAGGCAUCUAUGAACCACACCACCAUAAGAAUGCCAUGGAUUUAUAUAAAGGGUCACUUGAAACAGCUAAAAAGACAAAAUUAUCGGAAGGCACUGGCAACCUGUCAAACACGCCCAGUUUAAAUGUAGAGCAAGCCACACCGCACGUACUCCAACCAGGCAGUGCACAGGCCACUGAACAAAAUAAUACAAAGACAGAUAAGCCAUCCCAUGCCACUAAGAGUCCAUUAGAAAGCAUUAAAUCGGAUAAAGGCAUGGCUGGGCUUAAUAAGCCAGAGGGAGUCAUCAGUAAUACAGCAGGAAUGGACAGUAAAUCAACCACUGCCCUGGGUAAUAGAAGUGUUCUUAGUGGGAGUAAUUCAUUCUUAUCUGGGGCAGAUGGACUAAGUCCAAAGCCCACUGGGGGCACUGCACUGAACAGUUUCAAAGAUACUCCAAAAUUCGGAUUUGGCAGUGGAAGUGCCGUGGGUGGCAGUCAUUUAGGAAGUGGAUUAUUUGGUCAUUCUGAGCAUAGCUCUUUAUCCGGAUCUGGUGAUAAAAGCAGAAACAGUUUUGGUGGCAGCAGUACUCAGAUGGAUUCGUCAAGUAUCCCAUCAACUGACUCUAUUAAUCUUCCCAGAGAGACCAUGGAUGGCGUACAGCAGAAGUCUCAGGGCACGUCUUUUUCUCAGAGCAGCCUGUUAGGCAAACCAUUAAGUUCUAAUGGCCAUUUAGGCAGUCAAAGUUUGUUUGGCAGUGCGAGUACCACUGGAAGUAUGCUCUUUAACAGUCCUGGAUCUGAUGCCGUUCAAAAAACUUCCAUAAAUACAGAACAGGAGCAGACUCUGGCGAGUAAUAGUACACUACUGGGACUAAGCCAGGGAAUAAAGCAGGCUAAUCAGGAGGGAUUAGAUGAGAAGAAGUCUUUUUUAGGGACUGGCUCACCAGCAAACAACCCAUCCAGAAUUUCAAUGAAUGAUUAUACACAAUCACCACUAGAAGCAUUCCAGAAAAGAAUCUUACGGCCAUCCCAGUCAUCUGAUGAAGCACCUUCACAAGCACAGUCCGGCAUGAGCUCAUUUGCCUCACCAAGCACUGAGCGGCCUUCUGUGGAGUCAAACAGUUUUACGAGCAGGUCCAAUAAUCCACUUAGUCCUGCUGAGAAGAGUCCAGAAGUGUCACGGGGCCACAGUGAGCAGAAUGGACUGGCCGAUCCGAUAGGGCAGAGACAGAGCAGUCUUUUUACUGGCAGCAGUUUUAAGCCAAAUUCAUUAUUUGGCCAAAAUACUGGGCACUCGCAGUCCUCGCCGCUGGGCAGUCUAUCCGACAGAAGCCAGGAGCCCACCACAGGAACUUCUGGAUUUAGCACGGGAUUAGGAAGCACUAUAAGCACUCCACAGUCCGCAAUGAGCAGCCGGUUUAAUAGUCUAACCACUCCACCCACUGGAGAGGCACAAAACUCUUCUCCACCCACAGGAGAGGCCAGUUCUCUGCUGCUCAGUAAUAGUAGCACCGGCAGUCCAAUGAACAUGCCAAGUACAAGUGCAGUGCAGACCCCCACUAGACUAACAAACACUUUCUCAGGCAGUACAGGCCAAAUGAAUUCCAUUACAAAUCCAUUUGGUGGAAGCACGGGAAAUAUCUUAGAAAACAGGCAGCAACUAUUCUCAAACCCACAGGGUAGCUCUCUGUUCUCAAACCUUUCCCAGCAGGCUCCCUCCAACUCCAGCUUAUUUAAUAACACCGGGAAUAGCACACCCCCCCAGGGAACAGAAACACCCCAACAAUCCAUUUUUUCCAGUAAUCAAGAUGGAAACACAGAAUAUGUAAACCCCUUUGCUGGCAAGGAUACAGUCAGAAAGAGAUCUUCUUUCAUGUUCAAAAAAUAA